AUGAAAUUGGAAUACGAUACAAAUCCAUUCAAGCGACCGAUGAAUGCGCUACAAAAGCAAUGGUACCGCGUACUUAUUGCAAGACGUGUUGGCUAUGGGCCACCAAGCUCGUUGAAUAAUGCCAACCAAAUGCAAACAUACCAACAAGUUUGCCAACGGCGUUACGUGGACGCAUUCCGUCGUUACAAUGCACAGUUCCGCAAGGAAAUUCAGCAACAUGAAGCCAUGCAACCGACUGCCAUUGAUGCGAUGCGUGUUCACAGAACCUUUGCCAUAACAACACUUUGGCCGCCAUUACACUCGAAACGCGAAAUCAACCUGACGUUGGAACAAUUGGAGAAGGUUUUGAGUGUCAAAGAACGGCGUCGUUUGGAGGAGAUACUCAAGCGCGAAACGAAGCGCAGAUAA